AUGGCAGAAUCUUUUUUUUCGGAUUUUGGCUUGUUGUGGUAUCUGAAGGAGCUCAGAAAGGAAGAGUUUUGGAAAUUUAAGGAGCUCCUCAAACAACCUUUGGAGAAAUUUGAACUCAAGCCAAUCCCCUGGGCUGAGCUGAAGAAGGCUUCCAAAGAAGACGUAGCAAAGCUGUUGGACAAACAUUACCCGGGAAAGCAGGCAUGGGAGGUGACACUGCACCUGUUUCUACAGAUCAAUAGGAAAGAUCUCUGGACGAAGGCCCAGGAAGAGAUGAGAAAUAAGCUAAACCCAUAUAGAAAGCAUAUGAAGGAAAAAUUUCAACUCAUAUGGGAGAAGGAAACCUGUCUUCCCGUCCCUGAGCAUUUCUACAAAGAAACCAUGAAAAAUAAGUAUAAAGAAUUGAAUGGCGCAUAUACUGCUGCGGCUAGACUCCACACUGUGGUCCUGGAAGGUUCCGACGGAAUUGGAAAAACAACCCUUCUAAGAAAAGUGAUGUUGGACUGGGCAGAGGGAAACUUAUGGAAGGAUAGGUUCACAUUUGUGUUUUUCCUCAAUGUCUAUGAAAUAAACGGGGUCACAGAGACCAGCUUACUGGAGCUCCUCUCCAGGGACUGGCCUGAGUCUUCAGAGACGAUCGAAGACAUUUUUUCCCAGCCAGAGAGAAUUCUGUUCAUCAUGGAUGGCUUUGAGCAACUGAAGUUUAACUUGAAAUUUAAGGACGACUUGAGCGAUGACUGGAGGCGGCAGCAGCCAACGUCAAUUAUCCUGAGCAGUUUGUUGCAGAAAAAGAUGCUUCCAGAAUGCUCUCUGCUUAUUGCCUUAGGAAAACUGGCUAUGCAAAAACACUAUUUUAUGUUGCAGCAUCCAAAACUUAUAAAGCUCUCAGGAUUCACUGAAUCUGAAAAGAAGUCGUAUUUCUCCUACUACUUUGGUGAGAAGAACAAAGCCUUGAAAGUCUUCAAUUUUGUGAGAGAUAGUGGACCGCUGUUUAUCUUGUGCCAUAAUCCCUUUAUAUGCUGGUUGGUCUGUGCUUGCGUGAAACAGAGGCUAGAGAGGGGAGAAGACCUUGAAAUAAACUCCCAAAACACCACCUCUUUAUAUGCAUCCUUCUUAACAAAUGUAUUCAAAGCAGGAAGUCAGAGUUUUGUGCCUAAGGUGAACAGAGCCCGACUGAAAAACCUGUGUGCUUUGGCUGCAGAGGGAGUAUGGACAUACACAUUCGUAUUUUGCCAUGAGGAUCUCCGGAGGAAUGGGUUAUCUGAGUCUGAGGGCUUGAUGUGGGUGGGUAUGAGACUUCUCCAACGGAGAGGGGACUAUUUUACCUUCAUCCAUCUGUGUAUCCAAGAGUUUUGUGCCGCCAUGUUUUAUUUGCUCAAACGACCCAAAGACGAUCCUAACCCGGCCAUUGGAAGCAUCACUCAGCUUGUAAAAGCAACUGUGAUUCAGCCUCAAACCCACUUGACCCAGGUGGGGAUAUUCAUGUUUGGAAUUUCAGCAGAAGAAAUUGUCAGCAUGCUGGAGACAUCCUUUGGUUUUCCACUGUCAAAAGACCUACAGCAGGAAAUAACCCAAUCCCUUAAAAGUUUAAGUCAAUGUGAAGCUGAUAGGGAAGCCAUAGGUUUCCAGGAAUUAUUCGUUAGUUUAUUUGAAACUCAGGAAAAAGAAUUUGUAACACAAGUGAUGAAUUUCUUUGAAGAAGUGUUCAUUUAUAUUGGUAACAUAGAACAUUUGGUAAUAGCUUCAUUCUGCCUGAAGCAUUGUCGAGGUUUAACGACACUUCGCAUGUGUAUAGAGAAUAUCUUUCCGGAUGACUCAGGAUGCGCCUCAGGUUACAAUGAGAAGCUCGUCUACUGGCGGGAGCUUUGCUCAGUGUUCAUUACCAACAAGAACUUCCAGAUAUUAGACAUGGAAAACAGCAGCCUCGACGAUGCCUCCCUGGCGAUUCUUUGCAAAGCGCUGACUCAGCCUGUUUGUAAACUCCGAAAACUCAUAUUUACUUCUAUGCUUAACUUAGGACACGAUUCAGAAUUGUUUAAGGCAGUUCUUCACAACCCUCACCUGAAGCUUCUGAGCCUGUAUGGCACUAGCCUUUCCCGUACUGACGUCAGGCACCUGUGUGAGACGCUGAAACAUCCAAUGUGCAAGAUAGAAGAGCUGAUGUUGACGUACUGCUGUCUCACCUGUGUCUCCUGUGACUCCAUCUCCCAAGUCCUCUUGUGCAAUAAGUCCCUGUCCCUCCUCGAUCUGAGCUCAAAUGCCCUGGAAGAUAAUGGAGUGGCAUCUCUGUGUGGAGCGCUGAAGCACCCAGCCUGCGCGUGUUUCCCUUUCUGCAGGCUGCAGACAUGUCCGAUCACCCGUGCCUGCUGUGGUGACCUCGCCGCGGCACUCGUCGCCUGCAAAACACUGAGGAGCCUGAACCUCGACUGGAUUACCUUGGAACCUGAUGCAGUGGCGGUGCUGUGUGAGGCACUGAGCCACCCGGACUGUGCCCUGCAGAUGCUGGGGCUGCACAAAUCUGGCUUUGAUGAAGAAGCUCAGAAGAUGCUGAUGUCUGUGGAAGAAAAAAUGCCCCACCUGACCAUUUCACACGAACCCUGGAUUGACGAGGAAUACAAGAUCAGGGGUGUGCUCCUCUGA